AAGAUUUUGUAACAUAACUGUCAUUCUUCAUUCGUUGGCUUAUGAAGUUUGUCAACAUUGAAAAUUUGACAGAGAUCUUUGCAAAGUGUCAUCAAUUCUUCAUUUCAUUUUGCACAGGAAAGAACCCUGUCAUGCCACCCAAGAAAAGAAAGUCAAUAACCACCAGACUUGGCACUGGAGCAACAUGGGCAGUGCUUAACCAAUAUGACCAGCCCACAGAGUCAGACCUUGUACAAGAUGUACCACUAAUAGGUCAUGCAAUCAGGUUCUGCUUAGAACAUAAUAAGUCCUACACAGCAACAUGUGCUUGGAUUGAUAAGGUCUUUGGCGUGAUAGUGUCCAUGAACUACAUAAAAAGUCUCAUGAAAAAGUAUAUCAAGUUCAGCAAAAAUACCAAUGAAAAUCUAAAAGAAGAUACUUUGGCAAAACUACGAGUCUUUUGUGAAGAGCCUCUCGGCAGUUCACACCCUGAGAUGGAGAUAAGUACUGUGCAAUUAGAGCCAUCAACAUCCUCUCAUGCGUCCUUGCCACCAACUUCUGAUGCUUCUGCUCAACCAUUUGUGUUCACUCCUACUGAGCCCACAUCAGAAGAAAUUGCAGCACAAAUAGCUACCAAGCCUUCUGCAUUUGUCCAGCUUCUCAUGCCGACAUCUGGCUCUAACAUUCAGCUCUCAACCAUCUCUCCAAGGCCAGCACCGGGAACUUAUAGCAUUGGAAGGCGACUCUGUAAAUGCGAAGACACAACUAGGAAGCGGCUUUUGAGAAAUCAUUGCCAGGAUUUAUCUCUUAAAAUUGCCAAACUGAAAUCUAUCUACCAUGAGCGCAUGAAAAUGAUAAGGUCAACACAACACAGAAUGCCAAUAAUGGUGAAAAAUCCUGAGAAAAGGGUCAAGCGGCAAAAUGAGGCUAAUAUCAGGGUAAAGAAACAGGUCAAGCUGCUGCAAGAGGCUAAUAUCAGGAUGGAUAAAACUGUUAAAUUCCAACAAAAAGUUAUUAAUACAGAAAAAAUUAAACGACAACAAUUUCAGCUAGAAGUGCUUUCUUUGAAAAGCAAGAUCCAAGAACAAAAGGAUGAGAUUAAAUUCCUUAAAAACCAGAACGAGCUUAUUGUUGAAGAGAAAGAAGAGAGCUGGAGACAAGACAGCAGACACUCAAGGCUCGAGUGUCUGCUGGUGAAGUGAAGUCUGAAGCAUUGGAAUUUGGUGCUCCGUCUUCAGUCGCCAGUGUUGCCGUCGAGAAGAUGGACUGCCUUAUAGAGGAAGUAUAUGUCAAGGAGGAACCAAGGACUGCAGAGAGCAGCAGAGGCAAGUCGUCCACUGCUGGGGGAGCUGCAGCAGCUGCUGGUGGCAGUGGCAAGUCGUCCACUGCUGGGGGAGCUGCAGCAGCUGCUGGUGGCAGCGGCAAGUCGUCCACUGCUGGGGGAGCUGCAGCAGCUGCUGGUGGCAGCG